GACAACUAGUGGGCUGCUGGGGAACGGCUGCCAAGGAGACGGAGCAGGAGCUGACAGACAGACAGACAGGUCGAGCGCUCCGUGUUUACUGGCAGCAGCGCUGUGUUUACAGCAGCUACGCUCUCUAACAUUCACCGACAUUUACUGAGUUUGUUCUGAACCCGGCGGCUCCUUUCAGCCAAGAUAGACGCGCUGGAACAGCCGAGAAUGCCGAACAUCAAGAUAUUCAGCGGCAGUUCUCAUCCUGACUUAUCGCAGAAGAUCGCUGACCGCCUGGGACAGGAGCUCGGCAAAGUGGUCACCAAGAAGUUCAGCAACCAAGAAACAUGUGUUGAGAUCGGCGAGAGCGUGCGCGGAGAGGACGUUUACAUCGUUCAGAGCGGCUGUGGUGAGAUAAACGAUAACCUGAUGGAGUUAUUGAUUAUGAUCAAUGCGUGUAAGAUCGCGUCAGCGUCCCGAGUGACCGCGGUCAUCCCCUGCUUUCCCUACGCCAGACAAGACAAGAAGGAUAAGGUGGGGAGUCGAGCUCCCAUCUCGGCCAAGCUGGUGGCGAACAUGCUGUCUGUAGCUGGAGCCGAUCACAUCAUCACUAUGGAUCUGCAUGCCUCUCAAAUACAGGGGUUUUUUGAUAUUCCAGUGGAUAAUCUGUACGCUGAGCCUGCCGUUCUGAAGUGGAUCAAAGAGAACAUUAACGAGUGGAAGAACUGCACCAUCGUCUCUCCUGAUGCAGGCGGGGCCAAGAGGUGUGGAGGGGUGACGUCCAUAGCGGAUCAUCUGAAUGUGGACUUUGCUCUGAUCCAUAAAGAGAGGAAGAAGGCCAAUGAAGUUGACCGCAUGGUUCUGGUCGGAGAUGUUAAAGACAGAGUGGCCAUCCUGGUGGACGACAUGGCAGAUACAUGUGGCACGAUCUGCCAUGCAGCGGACAAGUUGGUCUCUGCUGGAGCGACUAAAGUCUACGCUAUUCUGACUCACGGCAUCUUCUCUGGACCUGCAAUCUCUCGCAUAAACAACGCCAACUUUGAGGCUGUGGUGGUCACCAACACUAUUCCACAGGAGGACAAGAUCAAACACUGCAACAAGAUACAGGUGAUUGACAUCUCCAUGAUCCUGGCAGAGGCAAUCCGGCGAACCCAUAACGGAGAGUCUGUGUCCUACCUGUUCAGCCAUGUACCUUUAUAACGCACACACACACACACACAUACAUACACACACACACACACACACACACACACGCUCCCUUGUGCGUUUUCUGUUCGCUAUUUGUGAGCAAAUAUAAAAUAAAUACAAAUACGCAACUCAUCAUUUUACAAACUCUUCACUGCCAUCAGCUUCAUGUACUCUAAUAACCAUGGAUUGUACCUGCUAAUCCACUGAGCAUUGCUUGAACAUUUAUCCAAACAAUCUACAGUCAUUUAGUUUCAUUACUGAGUGUUCCGAAGAUCUGAAUAUUAUCCAAACUCUGCCCACAAAUGUGUUGUUUCAUAGCUACUGUAGUGAUGUAGUUAUUUACAGUACCUACAUUUAGAGCCGGUUAUUCAUUCAGCCUAAUGAGAAACUGUAGAACAGACUCGGUCUAUAUCACAAUACCUACAUUUAGAGUCGGUUAUUCAUUCAGCCUAAUGAGAAACUGUA